GAGGCCAUGCUGCUGCUGGUGACUCUUGUGCUUCUGGGGACCCACCCCUGCUGGGCACAUCAGCUGUUCGGGUUAGGAGGAGGCCACUAUUUCAGUUCCUCAGACUAUGAUCAUGACAUCACAGGGCUUCGGAUAUCUAUAGGCUACCCUAUGCUUAAAAGCGUCCAGGUGCACUUUGACACUUACUGGGAUAGUCAACAUGGUGCCUCAGGUGGGAAGAUCCAGGAAUUGAACCUGUGGCCUGGUGAACACAUCACUGAGGUCCAUGGCUCAUUCAAAGCAUUCCUCCGACAACUGAUCUUUUGCACCAACUGGGGGCGCUGCAUCCCCUUUGGGGACAAGUACGGCAAUGAAUUCUCUGCCUUCCCCAGCCAGGAGGGACAGGUGCUCACAGGCAUCUUUGGUCAGUAUGGACUCCUCGGCCUCAAGAGUAUCGGCUUUACUUGGGAUUUUCCAUUAGAAGAGAUCACCACUACACAACCCACAGUCAAGUAA